AUGUUCAGACAAAACUUCAAACGCCGGCGCGCUCAAGAAAAACGCCAUUUCGCAGAUUCCUCUCUAGAAACUCAUUCAGCUACUCUUACAUACCCUUACAGACUCAACUUUUAUGAUACCCCACCAACUCUAGAAAUUACUGCUGAAGAAUUUGAGCAAUGGGCAAUUGAUCGCAUGCGUGUACUAGGCGAAAUCGAAUCACGUCUGGCCAGAAAUUUCCCUCCUAAAGAACUCGAAGCUUCCCUGAGGCCUAUCCUUGACAAGUACCUUCCUCUUGGUUCUAAUGCAUCUAUGGCCCGUGCUUCGUCAUCCGAUCCUACUCCGGUAGAUAUUAAAAAUGGACCUUUACACUUUGAUGAAAAUAAUGAACAACAUAAACGACUUAAAGAUCAUUACUCUCACUUUAUUCUUAGACUCGCCUUUUGUCGCUCACAAGAACUUCGUAAACGAUUUGUUCACGCAGAAACUGUUCUUUUCAGAAUUAGAUACAACUCAGAUGACCCUGAAGAACGUGCAGCUUUUGCUCAGUCAUGUAACUUGGCUUGGGACCCUGUCACAGAUUCCGAACGCUCAGAACUUUCCAAAAAGUUAGACUGGCUGGCUGAAACUGAUAAAGACUCUUCAUUUUUCAAAGUCGACUUUGAGCGUGUCCCAGAUCUUGUGGCUGACCGUCGCGUAGUUCUUCAUAAUGGCAAAGCUUAUGUCCCCCGCUCACAACUCCAAUCCUUUGUGCAAACAGAAUUUUCCUCAAGACUUGACCGUGCACUUCUCCAAACUGUCCGUGCCCUUCCUCGUCUUGAAGAAGACGACCGCUUAGUCCCCCUACUUAAUCACCUUGCUGUCGGAUUCGAGGCUUUCUCCACUUACGAUCCGGCCCAGGUCGGCGGUGUACCUGGAUCUGCAGAUGAAAUUCGUGCAUCUAACGUUGACGCUCUUGUUGACGCACACUACCCGCUAUGUAUGCAAACCAUGCACCGUGGACUUGUUUCAACAAAACAUUUGCGGUAUAAUGCCCGGUUACAAUAUGGUAAUUUCCUCAAGUGGAUUGGUCUAAGUGUUGACGAAGCACUCAUUUUCUGGCGCUCACAUUUCAAUGUCCCAGAAGAUAAGUUUUCUAAAGAAUAUCGCUACAAUAUCCGCCAUCAAUACGGCCUGGAAGGAUCUCGUAUUAACUACCGCCCACAUUCAUGUGCUGAAAUUAUAAAUGGUCCACUACCAGCUCGUGGCGAAUUCCAUGGAUGUCCAUACAGAACGUUUUCCACAGAUACGCUAGUCGCCUCGCUCCAGCGUAUGGGUAUCAAUGAUACGCAGCACUUGGCUGAGAUUCAAGGCAACGUUGCUCGCCGGCAGUACCAUGUUGCGUGCACCCAGGUGUAUGAGCUGACGCAUCCAGAAGAUACAAAGAAGUAUGAUGAAACGAUAACGCAUCCAAACCAGUACUUUGAACGGAGUUAUAAGCAGAAAUAA